AUGUUAAAAAGUGUAUUAGCCACAAGGACAGGGAGAAAUGGAGAGAAGGCCCUGGCAGCGCGCUCCCCUGGCCCCGUCCUCGCCACCCCAAGCCAGAAGGGGCGAGCGCCGCCUGGCGGCGUCGGCGUGCCCUCGGCCCGGCCGGCUCACCGCCGCCUACCCUCCCGUGCCCCUGCCCAGCUGCCGGGUCUGUGGUGGAAGCAGCCCCCUCCCAGGAGACGUGUCAACAGUUUUGGUGAAGAGCUUGGAAGAUUUCUUAAGAAGAAAUAUGAAGGGCACUGGAAUCCUGAAAAGCCAUACGAAGGAUCAGGGUUUAGAUGUAUACACGCAGGGGAGACAGUGGACCCAGUGAUUGAACAAGCCUCCAAAGAGAGUGGUUUGGGCACUGAUGGUGUUCGUGGCAAUCUGCCGUAGGAUCCUAGUGUUUGGAUCGACCCAUUUGAGGUUUCCUACCAAACUGGUGAAAAGGGACCAGUGAAGGUGUUUUAUGUGGAUGAUAAUAAUGAAAAUGGAUGUGAGUUGGAAAAGGAGCUCAAAAACAGCUUUAACCCAGAGGCCCCGGUUUUUAUGCCCACAAGUGACCCAGCCUCAUCAGCGUCCAGCUCUCCAUCUCCUCCCUUUGGUCCCUCUGCUGCUGUAAGCCCUCCCUUCAUGCCCCGGUCCACUCAGCCUUUAACCUUUACCACUGCCACUUUUGCUGCCACCAAGUUCGGCUCUACCAAAAUGAAGAAUAGUGGCCGAAGCAACAAGGUUGCACGUACUUCCCCUAUCAACCUCGGCUUGAACGUGAAUGACCUCUUGAAGCAGAAAGCCAUCUCUUCCUCAGUGCACUCUCGGCAUGGGCUUGGCCUGGGUAGCCAGCAGAAGCCACGGCCACAGCAACAGCCAUCCCAGCCACCGCCGUCACCACCACCGCAGCAGCAGCAACAGCAGAAAACCUCCGCUCUUUCUCCUAACGCCAAGGAACUUAUUUUUCCUAAUAUGCAGGGUCAAGGUAGUAGUACCAAUAGAAUGUUCCCAGGUGACAGCGCCCUUAACCUCAGUCCUCUCCAGUACAGUAAUGCCUUUGAUGUGUUUGUGGCCUAUGGAGGCCUCCACGAGAAGUCUUUUGUAGAUGGCUUGAAUUUUAGCUUAAAUAACAUGCGGUAUUCUAACCAGCCAUUCCAGCCUGUUAUGGCUAACUAAAAAAAAGAAAAGAUGUAUCGUACAAGUUAAAAUGCUCAGGCCCAAGGGGGAUUUUUUUUUUUUAUAACCUCCUUGAGAUUUUUUUUUUUUAAGCUUAUAGUAAGGAUACAUUCAAGCUUGGUUACAAAAAUAAAACAUGCAUCAUUUUUCAUUGCAAACCAAGCACAAAGUUAUUUUAUACUGACUGUAUAUUUUAAAGUAUACUCUCAGAUAUGGCCUCUUAUAGUAUUUAAGAUAUAGCAAGGACAUGGCUGAUAUUUUUCUUUUAUAAAAUAUUGGCACUGGGCUUCCCUGGUGGCGCAGUGGUUGAGAGUCCGCCUGCCGAUGCAGGGGACACGGGUUCGUGCCCCGGUCCGGGAGGAUCCCACGUGCCGCGUAGCGGCUGGGCCCGUGAGCCAUGGCCGCUGAGCCUGCGCGUCCGGAGCCUGUGCUCUGCAACAGGAGAGGCC